CAAAGUGAAAAAAAAAAAAACACCCGGUCGGAAAACCUCCAAACACAUCGCUGUUAAGAAAACGAAUAAAAAUUACAAUGGGUAAGGAAAAAUCAAAAAAGCGACGACGCUCGACUUCAUCAUCUGAGAGCAGCUCUAAUUCUAGCAGUUCGGAAUCAUCCCAUGAGAGAAAGAAACUCAGGAAAUUAAAAAAGAAAUUGAAGAGGGAACAAAAGAAAACGGAAAAGCUGCUAAAGAAGAAACUGAAAGAAGAGAAAAGAAAACUGAAAAAGAAACGUAGAAGUACAAGUGUGAGCAAAGACUCGCAAACUCAAGAAGCGACUGCGGAUAUUCCUAUCGAGUUGAUGGAAAAAUCAAAAGCGAUGGCUCCAAUGACCAAAGAGGAAUGGGAACAGCGUCAGAGCGUGGUCCGGCGUGUGAUGGAUGAGGAAACUGGCAGAUACAGGUUAAUAAAAGGUGAUGGGGAGGUGAUAGAAGAGAUUGUGUCUAGAGACAGGCACAGACAAAUCAACAGACAAGCUACAAAUGCAGAUGGAAACUUCUUCCAAUCACAGACUCUUGACAAGAAGAUGCUCUAAUUUAUAAGAAUUUUUUUAUGUAUGAUUUUUUUUUAUCUGAGUGAAAAGGUAAGUAACAAUUAAUUGUAAAAGGUAAGUUGGUAACCUUGAGUUUCCACUGUCCAAUACACCUGUACAAAAGCAAGUUGCUGUCUGUUUUUUUUUUUCAAAGGAAAUAUCAGGUUCAGGUACAACUGAAAUAUGUACAUAAAAAAUGUUGCAUUCUCAGUUUUCUGUCUAAAAAUGUAUCUAAUAGUUUUACAAACGAAAAUUAU